AUGGCGCCCCUCAUCAACCACCUUUAUACGGCUGACCCUUCGGCCCACGUCUUUAACGGCAAGAUCUACAUUUACCCAUCCCAUGAUCGAGAAACCGACAUAAAGUUCAACGAUAAUGGCGACCAGUAUGACAUGGCUGACUAUCACGUCUUCAGCACCUCAUCACUGGACCCUCUCGAGCCUGUCGUCGAUCACGGCGUCGUCCUGAAGACUGAGGAUGUCCCUUGGGUCUCGAAGCAGCUCUGGGCUCCCGACGCUGCCUUUAAGGACGGCAAAUACUAUAUGUACUUCCCCGCCCGCGAUAAGCAGGACGUCUUCCGCAUCGGUGUUGCCGUCUCGGACAAGCCCGAGGGUCCCUUUACCCCAGAUCCCGAGCCUAUCAAGGGCAGCUACAGCAUCGACCCCGCUAGCUUCGUCGACGACGACGGACAGGCUUACCUCUACUUUGGCGGUCUGUGGGGUGGCCAGCUCCAGUGUUACCAAAAGGGCAACGACGCUUUCGAUACUGAGUGGCUCGGCCCCAAGGAGCCCACUGGUGAGGGCGCCUACGCCUUAGGCCCGCGCGUCGCUAGACUGACAAACGACAUGCACCAAUUUGACGGCGAGGUUCAGGAGAUUCAAAUCCUCGAUCCAGAGACAAAGAGGCCCAUCGCAGCUGAUGACCACGACCGUCGCUUCUUUGAGGCCGCCUGGCUACAUAAGAAGGACGGCCUCUACUACUUCUCCUACUCGACUGGUGACACCCACUAUAUUUGCUACGCAACCAGCGAUAGCCCACUGGGUCCAUUUACCUACAGCGGACGCAUUCUUGAGCCUGUGCUGGGCUGGACGACGCAUCACUCCAUCGUUGAGUUCAAGGGUCGGUGGUGGCUGUUCCACCACGACUGUGAGCUGAGCAAUGGCGUGGACCACCUGAGGUCCGUCAAGGUCAAAGAGAUAUUCUACGACUCAGACGGCAAGAUCACAACGGAGAAGUUACAGUGA